AUGCGUGGAACACCAUCAACACCGAACGGCUUGGAAAUCCUCCCACAAGAUUGCUGGGUGCAGAUUCUGGAUAAAAUUUCGCCCUCUGACACUGCAUCUGUAAUAGCUACAUCCCGAGCCCUACAAGUCUCUUCGGAGGGCUCACUAUAUCGCCAGGUCCAUAUUGACUGGACCAGACCCCCACUCAAGCGGGUCCUGGCUCUAUUCCGUGCCAUUCACAAACGUCCAGAUCUGGCUGAGCAGGUUCACCAUGUGAGUAUGAUCACCUCGAAACUGGUGUAUCCAGCACCAGACCCGGAAGACGAGUGGGAGUUGCCUCAAAUAGAUGGCGACUGGGACCAGCUCUCGUCCCUCUUUCAGGAUGAGGUGAACGCUGCGAAAGAUAUCAUCAUCAAGGCACAGUUUCCCUCAUCAGAAAUGUGGAUUCAUGCCCUAGAAUCCGGUGACCCAUACGCAUUUGUGUCUGUGCUUCUUUCUCAACUUCAUAAUCUCCGGUCGCUACAACUCGAUCACACCUUUGUGUGGCAAGCUGGGUUUCCGGGGUUGAUGAUAAGACAUGCUCUUCUCUCUGCGCCUGAGAACAUAUUAUCUCAAUUUUCACAACUCUCUGUUGUCGAGUACGGUCUGAAUGUUCCAGGUUCUAGAAAGUUUAACGACACGAGAUGGAAUUUCAUCGAUGCAUUCCCCGUUUGUGACCCGAAUCAAUUUGCAGGCUGGUUCUAUCUUCCUUCUUUGAAAUCCCUAGAAAUCUGGAUCCAAAGUUUCGAGGGUAUCAGCAACGAGUUGUCUAAGCCUGCUGAGUCAAGCAAACUAGCGCAUCUAGCCCAGCUUAAAAGACUCGUGUUGACGGAAUCUUCUGUUGAUGAGGAUGAUGUUAGAAAACUAUUAUUACGCCUCUCUUCGCUGAAGAGUCUUCACCUAGGCCUUAUCUACCCAUCACAAGAUAAGGAACUCGAUUAUAACUGUUGCUCUCCUCAACCUCCUCUCAAAAAGCAAGGUGUGCUUCUUGAAGGGCUGAUGAGUAUAAAAGACACAGUUGAAAAUCUUUCUAUUAGCUUGGAACUUUGUCCACUUUGGUGGCCUGCUGUCUGGGGCGCAAUAGAACGUGAUAAUGGAACCCCACAAGAAAGCUUCAAACCAUUCAAAGGAAUCUUGAUGCGGUUCCCGCUUCUUCGAACCGCAGAGCUGCCUGCAGUCAUGCUUUUUGGAUGGACUUGUGCCGGUGCACCAGCUUUGUCUGAGCUUCUACCGCCAACACUUCGGAAGCUCGCCAUUCGGGACAACCUGUGGUGUGAGGAGGACUAUGAGUGGGAAACGGAUCAAGUUGGAGAGGCAAUUCAGAACUUCCUCCCCUUUGCACAAUCCGUGACCCCCAUGUUGAACAAAAUUAUAAUUAGAUGCUUUGGUAUCGGAGAAGAGGGUGAUAUUGACCCAGACGAUUCCAUGGGGGCUAGAUCAUCAUGCGAGAAGCUUGGACUGGACAUAGACAUCAGUAUGAUCCAGUAUAAUCUCUCGCCGGGACUUUGGACGAUGCACAGGGGACUUGAAGAAGGAUCUUGGAGAGAUUUAUCAAAUUGUUAA